AUUGGUAGUCCGCUGGCAAAAUUCAAGCAUAACAUUUAAUUUCAAACGAUUUAACAAUUAAUGCAUCUACUGCUUAUUUAGUGAACAAUAGAUCAUAUUAAACGAGGACAAUCGUUUUCUUUAAAGGAAAUUAAUUGCUAAGCAGUGGGCAGCUGGUAUAACGUGUAAUUUGAAGUAAGGUAGGUUUUUGGGAUGAAACAAGGCUCUGCAACAAGUGGCACCAACAACAACAACUCGUUCGGCAACAACAUCAUUAACAACAACAACACCGACUUUGAACAACAGUUGCAGCCGCAACAGCAACUAUCGAAAUUAACUCAUAUUGUUAGUGAAUGGGAUGAGGGGAUCAUAUUUGAUGUGGAUGAUCCAGACUUUUGCCCCGGCCCUUCAACCGUCGUCAUUGACAGGCUGACAACAGCCACGAAUAGCUGUGCGGCAGCGUUAAGGAAUCUGAAUUUGAUAGUACCAGCAGCAACUAUGUCGAGUGCCAGCGUACAUGCUCCCCAAAUUGCCGACAUUUGCAGUCCUCUCUCUCAUCACAGCUUGGGUCUGUCUGCCUCGCUGCCCGAUUUGGUGGGCAGUCCACUGGAGAUCAACAUGGACAGCGUGCUGACCAUUGAGGAGCUGCGCCAACAUUUGGGCUCGUGCUUUACAUGCGGCGUCUCUUGGACCGAUGAUCAUGUCUCGCUCGAUUGCAGCGAAUGCGGUGGCUACAGCCUGGAGCGUCCCUGCCCUCUGUGUGAUGGCCAGUGCGGUGUGCAAUGGAAACGUGACUUCGCCAUGUCGCAUGCAUGCAGCAAAGCGCGUUGGGUUGGCGUCUGUCUGAGUUUUCCGGAAGCAAUGGCUGCCGCUGUGCAACAGCUGCCCGUGGCUAGCAAUGUGGCUGCAACAACCGCCACAUCAUGUGCCGCUGCCGCAGCGAAUCAGCUGCGUCUCGCCCAGGAGCUGUGCUCGCGUCUGGAGCAGCUGUCGACGGCAUCGUCAUCAGCGCCCAAUAAAAUGACGCGUCUAUGAAGCGUUCGCAGUGGGCGUAAUACAGUACAGUGUUCCUUUUCAAAAAGUGUUGGCGCCACCUAAAACACAAGCACAAGCAUCGUCAGCCAUUAGCCAUCAGCCACAUGCCACAUGCCACACCACAACAUGAGCCAACAAAACAAACAAACAUAAAGUCCACACCACAUUUAUUAUUUUAUUGCUGCAUUGGAGAGAGUCGUCGUCGUCGUGGAGGAGUUGCGUUGCGUGGAGAAUCUCUCUCUCCCUCUCUCACUUCAUAUUUAAAUUAAGUGCUUAAAUUAACUAAGCUUUUUUAUUAGCUCUUAGUGUUUUCUUUUUUUUAUUGAAUUCUUCUUCUACUGAAAAUAUUUUGAUUGAUGUGCACGCGUUGAGUUUUAGCGAGAAUUAAUGUAGAUUGUGUUGAAU